UAGCAUUUGACAAUGACAACUUGUGUUUUUUAAGAAUUUCACGUAGAUGGCAAAUAAAUGUGCAAAUUUUAUUUAUUCGUAAAUUACAGUAUUGGUACUUGGUAUGGUAGUGUCCUUUAUUGAAAUACGAAACCCUAACCACUUCGGGAUAAUUAAUUAACAGUUACACAAAAUGCCAAAACAUAAAAAAGAAGAGAGUUCCAGUUCUUCAGAUAGUUCUGAUGAAAGUUCAAGUUCGAAAUCAAGUAGUAAUAGCGAGACGACGGAAAGAACAAAGAAACGUGUAACCGCUAAGAAACACAAACAUGAACGGUCUCGCGAAUCUUCCGUAGAGGAAGACUCGCAAAAGCGAGAGAAAGUUGAUGACAGUAAAAUAUCUAAACGAACAAGAAACGAUAGCCGAAGUGCAUAUGAAAAUAAGCACAAUGAUGAUAAACGUCGCAAACACAAAGAUGUAGACAGAAGAGAUAGAAACGAUGACAGAGCGCAUGAUUAUAGAAAUAAAUCCAAAGAGAGAGAUAAUUACCAUCAUCAGCGUGACAGAGGUCGCGAUUAUAGACAAAAUAACUAUAGAAAUAGAUACGGAAAUAAUGAAAACGAUGACUAUCGAAGAAACAGAAGAGAAGAUCAGUAUAGUCGAAACAGACGGGGGCGUAGCAGGAGUCGCUCGUUUGAUCACGCUAACGCGAAAUGGGGGAAAGAAGAUAAAGGUCGAGAUAAAAGUGGUAAAGACAAAGAUAAGGAAGUCAAGAAGGAAAAGGAGAAACCAAACUUUGGCCUAUCUGGUAAAUUAACAGAGGAGACAAAUACCUACAGGGGCGUUGUUAUAAAGUAUAGUGAACCGCCUGAGGCCAGAAAACCAAAACGGCGAUGGCGUCUGUAUCCUUUCAAAGGAGAUAAAGCGUUACAAACUUUGUACAUUCACCGAGAAAGCGCUUACCUGAUUGGGAGAGAUCGCAAGGUUGUUGAUUUACCAGUUGAUCAUCCAUCGUGUUCCAAGCAGCAUGCUGCACUACAAUAUCGACUCGUAACAUUCACAAGGGAGGAUGGUACAACAGGUAAACGAGUGAGACCAUACCUAAUAGAUUUGGAAUCUGCUAAUGGAACUUUUAUCAAUAACAAAAAAAUUGAAGCUAAGAAAUACGUGGAAUUAUUGGAAAGAGAUGUCAUUAAAUUUGGUUUUAGUUCGAGGGAGUAUGUAUUGCUACACGAAAAUAGCAAAGAUGAAGCUCAGGAUGAUGACGUGAAGAUUGAGGAAGAGGUUCCAGUUAAAAAAGAAUCAAAUGAAUAAGUACGUACCUCAUUCGAGUUUAUUUGUUUAAUUUAAAUUAAGAUUAAUUCUUUACCGAGAUGAUUUCACUCAUUUAGUUACAAUAAAACUUUUGCAAUAUUU